UCUGUGUAUGAAAGAUAAGAAAAGAUGAAAUAAUGCUGCGACGUUGGAUCUGUUAGAAAAUUCGAAAUGACGCAAUUUGUUGAAUAUGACAUUACCGUGACUGUUGAAACAGAUCCAAAUGAAAAACAGGCGAGGAAGAUUCACAAUCGUAGGUCUAAAGUCAUAAGGGAAUGUUUACUGCGCAUUCUUUACCACAAAUCAUCAUUGUCUACGAAACAAAUAGUUUGUGCGGAUUUACAGAGUGAAGGAGGUGUUGCUGGAUUGCAAUGGAAGAGGCACUUUCCAACAACGCUUACUGUAGUCAUCGGACAGAACAAAGCAUUGGAUGACGUACAGAGAAACUGUAAAGCCUCUGAUUUUCAGUGUUCUGAAUUUACUCUUUCAUUUGAAAGACAACCAGGUGAUGUUGAGCUGGAGCAGAAAAACAAGGAAGUUCACGUAUGUCGGUGUCCAUUGAAUGCUCUGCUACAUCUAGAAGCCUUUGAUUUCAUAUUCCUUCAACCAGAAGGCCAAAUAACAAACUACUUUGAUUCUGUAUUUAGUAAUCUACGAAACAGUGGUUUGUUGUGUCUUUCUUCAUCGGACAUUUCAGUUCAGUUUACUCGGACGGCUAAUGUGAUUCGACGUUACUGUCACGCGCACGUGAUGAAGACAGACUACAUGAGGGAGAUGGCUGUGAGAGUUAUUAUUGGUUGUGCAGUCAGAUCAGCAACCAAAUGCAACAAAGGACUGGAUGUUUUACUGACAGCAUGUGUGGAGGAUACCUUUCUAAUUGUGAUGAGGGUUUGCAGGGGACCACAGCAUGCUGACAAAACCCUUGACCUAAUUCAAACCCAGCUGUACUGUCAGAUCUGUGAGGAGCGAUGCUUUUUACCCAGUGGCCUUACCCCUGUCGAAAAUCCCCACCACAUGUUACAGUGUUCCUGUCACAAAGAAAUGCCUGGAAGAACGGCUGUCAUACUAGGACCAAUGUGGUCUGGGAGUAUAUUUGAUGCCACUUUUAUAUCCAAUUUACUGAGGCCAUCGGAAGGAUUACCAGAAUUAAGUGACCAAUUACAACGAGUCCUAUUGGGUAUACAGGAAGAGGCCAUUUGUUCUAGUUCAGAUGUCUCGGAGACAAACGAAGCAUUACACAAUGAUGAUACUGAAGAACCCAGCUUUAAAAAACCAAAAUUAGGCACCUCUCCCGACUCUAUUGUUGCCCACCCACCAUUUUAUAUCAACAUCCACAAAAGGAAAUUCAAAGAUGUACAAAUUCCAAAAAUGAGAAAGUUGCUGAGCUUUUUGCGAUCAGAGGGAUACCGAGCAUGCAGAACUCAUUUUGACCCCAACAGUGUGAGGACUAAUGCAAAUCUGUCUCAGUUUCACAACGUUUUAUUAAAACAUUGCAAGAAAAACAAGUGAAACUAUAUCUUAGCAAAAUGUACGUGUACUUUUCUCUCUUGUAUGUGUUCAUACCACACCGGUAUGUCACCUUAGUGAGAUAUCAAUAGUACAAACAGGAAAUUAAGAAUAAAUCGUGAUAUACUGUAUA